AUGACAAGCACGGGCUACGUUUGCGACACCAUUCCUCCUGCCCGUCUUGCUGGGCCAGACGACCCUUUGCCUUGUUCCCUACUCGAUGACCCCGAGCCAGAACCGCCCCAAAUUCAGGCUGAUGCACCUCUACCCCGCAAACUUUGUGUCCGCCACCAGCGAAUGGCUGACGAAGGCACGAAUCUCAAGUUACAACAGGCUCACGCCUUGCCUUUGGAUGAACGGGAAAAAGUCAGCACGAUAUGGGCUAAUUUCUCGUCUUCAUCGCACCCCCGACGGGAGCUCAUACUCCAUGGACUUCUCACGAUGUGUUGCUUUUCGCAACUCUCACUCCUCACUGAACAACUGGCCCACAUUAUUCGCAUCGACCCUUUCGUUAUUCUUCCGCGAGAAGUUUCCCUCAAAGUUCUUGGUUAUCUUGAUGCAACCUCGUUGUGUCGUGCAGCCCAAGUUACCAAGAAAUGGCGACAUCUUGCUGACGACGAUAUCUUGUGGCGGGGAAUCUGCGAGCAGCAUAUCGGGCAGAAGUGUCACAAAUGUGGAUGGGGUUUGCCGCUGCUGGAGAAGAAGCGGGGUCUUCCCAAGUCACCGUCACCCACACCGCCGCCAGCAACACCAAACAAUAGCAAACGCCCUUCGUCCGACAAUAUCUGUCCCCGACCACUAAAACGACAACGCUCGGAUCCACCACCUUUUGAUGAUCUCACACGCCCAUGGAAAGACGUUUAUAGCGAACGUCUAACGAUUGAACGCAACUGGCGGCGAGGUCGGUGUAGUGUCAGGACACUUAAAGGCCACACAGACGGUGUCAUGUGUUUGCAAUUCAGCGAAAGUAUGUCGAACCCAGACUUCCCAGUCCUCAUCACCGGCUCUUAUGACCGUACCGCGAGGGUAUGGAAUCUGGAAACAGGGGAGGAACUGCACUGUCUGAAAGGCCAUGCAAGAGCUGUCAGAGCCCUCCAGUUUGACUCGGUCAAACUCAUCACUGGCAGUAUGGACCAUACGCUCAAGGUUUGGGACUGGCGAAGAGGCAGGUUGAUACGAACCCUCUCAGGCCACACAGAGGGGAUCGUUUCUCUUAAUUUCGACUCGAAUUUGCUUGCAAGUGGCAGUGUCGAUUCCACCAUUAAAGUCUGGAACCUGCGAACUGGGGGGGCUUUCACACUGAGGGGCCAUUCAGACUGGGUCAAUGCCGUCCAACUUUGGGAUAAGAAUGCCAGUCCCCUUUCUGCUCCGACAUGGGACGACCAAGGCCAACAAGGCCCACCCCAGAUUGAUCCGGGGAAGAUGCUGUUUUCGGCUUCAGACGACGGUACAGUCAAGCUCUGGGAUCUCAAUACGAGGUGUUGUGUCAGAGUCUUCACCGGCCAUGUUGGCCAAGUGCAGAGUAUGAAGCUCUUGUUAGCGGAGGAAUGUGAAGAGGAGGCUGAAGAGUUGGAAAGUCGGCCAGACCAGACACCAAAGAAACCGUUGCUGAUCACUGGGAGCCUCGACAACACAAUCAAGUUAUGGGACAUCGAUACAGGCGAGAAUACGUCGACAUUCUUUGGCCAUAUUGAAGGCGUCUGGGCAGUAGCCAGCGACAAACUACGACUCGUUAGCGGUAGCCAUGAUCGAACCAUAAAAGUUUGGUCACGGGACGAGGGUAAAUGUACCGCAACGCUUGUUGGACAUCGGGCUGCGGUUAGUUGUUUAGCGUUAGGGGAGGACAAAAUCGUGUCGGGCAGUGAUGAUUGGGAUGUUAAAGUUUGGAGUUUCAGUGUUACAUAG